CCGCGGGGAGCGCGCUGCGUCCGGCUCGGCGUCGGUGGCUGCUCCUUCUACGCCACGAUGAAGCGCCCUUGCGAGGAGACGACCUCCGAAAGCGACCUGGAUGAGACCAUCGACGUGGGGAGCGAGAACAAUUACUCCGGGCAAAGUACUGGCUCAGUGAUGAGGUCAAAUUCACCAACAACCACCUCUCAGAUUAUGGCAAGAAAGAAAAGGCGAGGGAUAAUAGAAAAAAGGCGUCGGGAUCGAAUAAAUAACAGUUUAUCUGAGCUGAGACGACUGGUGCCAACGGCUUUUGAAAAACAAGGAUCUGCUAAGUUGGAAAAGGCUGAAAUAUUACAAAUGACAGUGGAUCAUUUGAAGAUGCUUCAGGCAACAGGGGGUAAAGGCUACUUUGACGCCCAUGCUCUCGCCAUGGACUUCAUGAGCAUCGGAUUCCGAGAGUGCUUGACCGAAGUGGCUAGGUACCUGAGCUCAGUGGAAGGCCUUGACUCCUCAGAUCCACUGCGCGUGCGCCUUGUUUCUCAUCUCAGCACCUGCGCCUCCCAGCGGGAGGCAGCCGUGAUGACGUCCUCCAUGGCCCACCACCACCACCCCCUGCACCCACACCACUGGGCAGCGGCCUUCCACCAUCUCCCCACAGCCCUCCUCCAACCCAACGGACUCCACACAUCGGAGUCCACCCCAUGUCGCCUAUCCACAUCUUCAGAAGUGCCUCCGGCCCACGGCUCUGCCCUCCUCACAGCGACGUUUGCCCAUGCAGAUUCCGCUCUUCGGAUGCCAUCAGCUGGCACCGUCGCACCGUGUGUGCCACCUCUCUCCACGUCUCUCUUGUCUCUUUCGGCCACUGUGCAUGCCGCAGCCGCAGCGGCCACCGCAGCCGCACACAGUUUCCCUCUGUCCUUCGCAGGGGCCUUUCCCAUGCUCCCCUCCAAUGCAGCCGCUGCAGCCGCAGUUGCUGCUGCAACCGCCAUCAGCCCACCCUUGUCAGUGUCAGCAGCCUCCAGUCCUCAGCAGACAAGCAGCGGAACAAACAGUAAACCUUACCGGCCUUGGGGGACAGAAGUGGGAGCCUUCUAAGUUAUUUUUGAAUGUCUUGCAAUAGUAACUGAAUGUCCUUCAUUUCAGAAUCAGCUUCAAACCUCUGCACCCUGAAGGUAGCCAUACAGAUAACUACACAGCAUACAGAGUCGCACAACAACAAUAAAGCAGUUUGAGAAGCAAACUUCACAAACGGAAAUGUAGUAUUAUCUGUUUUUCCCGUUGGUUUAGGCAACUUGGCAACUGACUUCAGCGACUUAAAAACGUCACAUCUAUCUCCAUUUGAACUUUCCUGGAAAAUACAUGGAUGUCACCAACCAGCAGUACUCAACACAUAUGACUUGGAAAAGAAAAAAAAUGCCAUAACUGAAUUCUCCUGAAACAGGAAGGGAGAAAAAAAAGAGUACACCACAUUUUCUAAGUGCCUGAGCUAAGGAACGUAAUGUAGCAAAGGGUGUGGUUGUUAGGUUGAGGAAGGGAAGAACAGACUGCAUGUGUUAGACUGCACUCAGUACUCCUUUGAAACCAGCAGGUUUUAGUGGCCAUAAAGAUUAGUGAAAAUCAAGGUUUUUGUCUUUGUCUUCUGUCCACAGACUUGUCAAGCAUGGAUAUUUAGCAAUGCAUUGAUAUAAACAGCCACUCCACCCAUGUCCACAUUAACAGGCAUUUCUGCUCUGCCCACAAGCUCCCAUACAUUCUAGUGAGAUGGUUUAGAACACCGCGCUUCAGUCUGUAAACCUGCAGCUGUACAAUGCACCUCGAAGCAGUUACCUGCCGUGUACCCACCCGAGGCUCGCUUAUUCAUGCCAACUCAAAAAACUCUUCAGUUUGCAAGUUUAGAUUAAUUUAUUCAGUUUCAUUUGGGCUAUAUUUAUAUGUUUAACUUCUUCUGUUUUCUCCUGACAACAUGUAAUGUCUGUUCUUUUCCUUUGGAGAGAGGGGAGGUGAUGCAUCCCUGGAGGUAAUGGGAUAAAGGAGAGAGGAUUUGGAAGAAAAAAAGCUACAUGGUUUAAAUGCCCUUGGUCAAGUUAGCAAUUGCAUUUGAUCCCAAAUCACAAUGAAUGUAUGCAAUGAAGUGUACAUAAAUUAUUUUUGUCUAUGCCUAGACUAGGACUACAUAAUGGUGUUUUGGUUUUGAGUUGUUAUUUUUUUUGUCUUGAUUUUUUUUAUCUUGUCUAAAUGACAAAAUAAUCUCUUAAUACAUUGAAAUUGAUUGAGCACGUGAGAUUUUAUAUUUGAAAGACAAAGACACAGCAUGUAUUCUUAUGCACUUCGUUUCUCUGCUGUGUGGAGAAAGCAAUAAAAGAAUGUUAAACAUUAUGCAAAGUUAUACUCAUAAAUAUUUGUUUUAAAAUUACUGUACCUAGUCUUUUCUGCAUUACUUUGUAACCUUUUUCUAUGCAAAACUCUACAUAUCACUAAUUAAAUGAAGUCCUUUU